CCGCGGGUCCCGGCGGAGCGGAGCGGGGCGGUGGGAGCGGAGCCGCCGGGCCGCGCCGCGCCGCGGGGUCUAUGGGGAAGGCGGCCGCGCUCUGCGGCGGCGGCGGCACCGGCACUCGCGGGCUGGUCUCUCUCCUCAGCGCCGUCCCCUGCUUGGCCUGCCAGGAGCUGCCGGCCAUGAGCGCCGAGCCGGGGGGCCGGGGCGGCGGGGGACCGGCGGGGGGGCCGCCCGCCACUGCCGUCGCCCCGGGCUCCGACACCUACAAGGGCUGGCUCUUCAAAUGGACCAACUAUCUGAAGGGCUACCAGCGCCGUUGGUUCGUGCUCAGCAACGGGCUCCUCAGCUACUACAGGUCUUCUGCAACUGUCAGGAGUGAUGGCUCUUCUUGGAAACGGGUGAAAAAUGCACCGGUCCCAGUUCAGAAGACAGGGACGCAGGCGGAAAUGGCCCACACGUGUCGCGGGACCAUCAACCUGUCCACGGCUCAUAUCGAUACGGAGGACUCUUGUAACAUCGUGCUAUCCAACGGGGGAAGGACGUACCACUUAAAGGCCAACUCGGAAGUGGAGAGGCAGCGCUGGGUGACGGCCCUGGAGCUGGCCAAAGCGAAAGCCAUCCGCAUGAGGAACAACCAGUCAGAUGACUCGGGCGACGAGGAGCCCGCCUCGCAGUCAGACAAGAGCGAGCUGCACGGCACGUUGAAAACCCUCUCGAGUAAGCUGGAGGAUCUGAGCACUUGCAAUGACCUGAUCGCGAAGCAUGGGGCGGCCCUGCAGCGCUCGCUCAGCGAGCUGGAGAACCUGAAGCUGCCGGCCGAGAGCGGCGAGAAGAUCAAGGCGGUGAACGAACGAGCCACGCUCUUCCGCAUCACCUCCAAUGCUAUGAUCAACGCUUGUCGCGAUUUCCUGGACUUAGCCGAAACUCACAGCCGAAAAUGGCAGCGGGCGCUGCAGUAUGAGCGGGAGCAGAGGAUCCGGCUGGAGGAGACCAUCGAGCAGUUAGCCAAGCAGCACAACAGCUUGGAGCGAGCCUGCCGCGGGGCCCCCGGCCUGUCCUCCAGCAACACCGGCGUCACCAGCACCGCCAAGGGGAGUGUGCCGUCCGCCAAAGGGGAGGCCAGUGAUGAAGAUGAAGAGACGGAAUAUUUUGAUGCCAUGGAGGAUGCACCAGCCUUUAUCACUGUAACCGCAGACCCCAAGCACCACAGGCGUUCGGGCAGCAACCUGAGUGGGGCCAGCGAGGGCCACCCCGAGGACUGGAACCUGGAGGACAGCGUCUUUGAAAGCUCCAAUCAGAGCAGCUACAAUGAGUCCACUUGCAAAGAUCUCCUGCCGAAGAAAAGGAGACGGACUCGCAUCCCCGACAAACCCAACUACAGCCUUAACCUCUGGAGCAUCAUGAAGAACUGCAUCGGCAAAGAGCUCUCCAAGAUCCCCAUGCCCGUGAACUUCAACGAGCCGCUCUCCAUGCUGCAGAGGCUGACGGAGGACCUGGAGUACCACGAGCUGCUGGACAAAGCGGUCAAGUGCGAGAGCUCCACGGAGCAGAUGUGCUUCGUCGCCGCCUUUUCCGUGUCUUCCUACUCGACGACUGUCCACCGCACCGCAAAGCCAUUCAACCCGCUGCUGGGGGAAACCUAUGAGCUCGACCGGCUGGAGGAGUUCGGCUUCCGUUCCCUGUGCGAGCAGGUGAGCCACCACCCCCCGGCAGCCGCCCAUCACGUCUACUCCAAGCGAGGGUGGACGUUGUGGCAGGAAAUCACCAUCGCCAGCAAGUUCAGGGGCAAAUACCUCUCCAUCAUGCCGCUGGGCGCCAUCCACCUCGAGUUUCACUCCAGCGGGAAUCACUAUGUCUGGAGGAAAGUCACCUCCACCGUUCACAACAUCAUCGUGGGCAAGCUCUGGAUUGACCAGUCUGGUGAAAUAGAGAUUGUUAACCAUAAGUCAAAAGAUAAAUGCCAGCUGAAAUUUACCCCCUACAGCUACUUCUCCAGGGACGUCCCCCGAAAGGUGACAGGGGUGGUGAGCGACGCCGAGGGUAAAGCCCACUACGUCAUGUCGGGCACGUGGGACGAGAAGAUGGAGUGCUCCAAGAUAGUGCACAGCAGCCACGGCAGCACCAGCACGGAGGGCAAGCAGAAAACUGUCUACCAGACGCUGUCUCCAAAGGUUCUGUGGAAGAAGUACCCCCUCCCGGAGAACGCCGAGAACAUGUAUUUCUUCUCCGACCUGGCCCUCACCCUGAACGAGCCCGAGGAGCGGGUGGCCCCCACGGACAGUCGGCUGAGACCCGACCAGCGGCUGAUGGAGAGCGGCCGCUGGGACGAGGCCAACGUGGAGAAGCAGCGGCUGGAGGAGAAGCAGCGAGCCGUGCGCCGCAGGAGGGAAGCCGAGGCCGUGGAAGCCCUGGAGGAAGGCAAGGACUACGAAGGCUACAUCCCGCUGUGGUUUGAGCGCAAGGUGGACGCCGUGACGGGGGAGCUGAUCUGCGUCUAUAAGGGUGGCUACUGGGAGGCCAAGGACAAGCAGGACUGGAGUUCGUGCCCCGACAUCUUCUGAGCCGUGCCGGGGUGGCCGGCCCGGCGCCUUGACUCAGCGGGACGGACAGAGGGACAGCGAGGACACGCUGGCAGCGUCCCGCCGGCAGCGGACAGUGCGAAUACACGCACGGAGUCAAUACCUGCAGAGAUUUGAAAAGAAAAUCUAAACAGGGAUUCCAAACCUAUUUUUUUACGCACUAAUAAAUAGCAUCCUUUUUUUUUUUUUUUUUUUUUUUUAAAAUGAUGGCUUUUUCAGCGACUAAUUAGGAACGAGGACACGUGAAUCUGAUUGGUUUUUAGCCUGCCGUAUUUAUUGCUGUCGGGAGUUGCUGCCUAUUAUCUCUCAAGGCCUUGGCUUUACCGGCUGAGACGUCGACUUCCAAAGAUGCUCGCAUUGUGGGGAUGCCGUGCAUUUGUGUGAGCUCUUCUCUCGGACGUUAUUUUGGUUUUUUUUUUUCCCCCGUUGGUGUGUGGACUUCAUGGAAUUAUUUUUAAAAAAAAAAAAAAAAAAACAAAAAACCAAAACCGCUCCUGGUUCAGGUUCUUUCAAAGACGGCCACGAACGACCCCGCGUCCUGCUCAGAAAACUGUCGCCAGGGGCUGUGGCGCUUGGUCCUGGAGGCUCUUGGUGGUUCUCACAGUGCCCGGUCAUCCCAGUAACACCAAUUAGGAUAUUUCAACCAGUGAUUUUUGUUAUUUUGACCCCUUUUUUUUUUUUUUUUUU